AUGCGAUUCGUCAAUCCUUUCGUCGAGGGUCAAGACGCGUCCCCGUGGUCGCGCAGUUCCCUCGAAAACGGCUGCUACCGAGAUUUCAAGAAGGACGAACGCCCCAUUCUGGUAUCCAUUAGGUCUGCGAGAAGCUCUGUCUCUUCAUUUUUCAGCGAUGGCCACAACAAUAGCGUCAGGCGCCCUUACAGGAAUGACUAUCUAAUGUCGAUACUAUGCCUGAUACUCCCGUCCUUCAUAUUCAGCUCAACGAAGAGCCCCUCUUUUGAUUCCCGAAGGAGUUCAACGUCGCAAGUCAACGAUUCCACGGCCUACCUCGAUGGCCUCCGCGGCUUAGCCUCAUUCAUCAUCUACAUUUCUCACUACUCCCAUCUUUGGUACCCCGAACUCGGCCAGGGCUAUGUCGCGGCCGACGAUGGCUCAAUGUCCUGGCAGAAAUCAGUCGUCAGAAUUCUACACUCCGGUCGAUCCGGCCUGACCAUUCUCUUCGUCAUAUCCGGAUACGUGCUCUCCAUCAGGGCCCUGACGAUGAUUUACAAGCAUAAAGACGAGCAUCUGUUCCGGAGCAUCGCUUCAUCCGCCUUGCGUCGCCCGAUCCGCCUGUACGCCCCCGUCGCCGUCUCUACCGCCAUCAUCGCUAUUAUGGUACACUUCGGCUUCUACAUCAGGGACCCAACAUCUGCGCCGGCACCGCCGGUCGUGGACACCUUCGCCGGUCAAAUGCAGCAUUGGCUCGGGGACUUUGUCAGUCUGAUGAACCCGUUCAAGCCCAUUGCUCACCAAGAUGACGCUGGAGUCAUGGCCUACAACGGACACCUCUGGACUGUUCACGUUGCCAUCAAGGGCUCGUUACUCGUCUUGGUGGUUCUCCUUGCUUCUUCACUGGUGCACAAGUCUAUCCGCGCUACCGGAACGAUGGUUCUCACCGGCUGGCUAAUUCAUCUUGGGGACUGGGACAAGGCACUCUUCCCCGCCGGACUUUUGCUGGGCGAGCUCUCCCUCGCUAUUCCUCCCAGCGCAUUGCAUGACGUCCUCCCGCGAUGCAACACCUCAACCAGCCGGCGUGCGUUUGCAUACUUGAGGGGGACUCUCCGCCAUGUGUGGACGAUUGCCCUGUUUGUUUGCAGCCUUCAUCUCAUGUCUUACCCGGAGACAAGUGGAGCUUCAGCUUCAGGAUUUUACUGGCUUUCGUCGCACGUCUUGCCAUGCUAUCGUGGCUCGGACGCUCAAGUCCAGCUUCAUUGGAACGCCAUUGGUUCCAUUGUUUUCAUCAUUGCCUUGAUGUACUCACCGCAAAUCAAUAUCCGACGCUUUUUGGCAAACCUGUUGGGCGGUUUCAGAACCCGAUCACCCUGGCACAAGAAUAACACAGUCUUGCACACAAGCGAGAAGGAAAAGCUGGAAGAAGAAUCGGCGCCGACCACCACUUACGAUCAGGGCGAGCCACUGCUCCAACGGCUCUUCACCACAGACAUUGCCCAAUACCUUGGGCGCAUCUCUUACUCCAUCUACCUGUGGCACGGGUUCAUCAAUCACGCAGUGGGCACACGGUGGUUGGUUCCCGCCAACGCCGCCUUGAUGAAGAGUCACUCUCUUGCAUCCGCGCCUCUCGAGAACCUUCCUCUGAAUAUGACUGGUUCGAUGUUCGAAACGGCUUGGAGCGCGUAUGCUUUCUCGUUCUGGGGAAGCUUUAUCCUUAAUACGUUGGUUCUUUUGUGGGUUAGUGACAUCUUUAACCGCGUGGUGGAUGUACCAACAGUCAAGAUCGGGCGAUGGCUUGGCGACAAAUGCUUCAAGAAGUUGUGA